AUCUCCAUUGGCCCAACAACCUCAAAACCCUAAUCCCAUCUUCAUCGCUCCUACUUACUCCCGAUGAGUCUGCAAACUAAAAUUAGGGUUCUUUCUUAUCCCUCAAUUUCUCCCUCAUUUUUCAUUUACUAAUCCUCAUUUCAUCUACAAAAAAUAUAUAAGCUAAUUCCAAGGCUUAAAAUCCAUUUGUUUCGGUAAAUUUAGCUUUAAAUUAGAAUUGUGUGGCAGAAUGGCCACUCAUUUUAAUUUCUUUCAAUCACUCAACUAUUCACCCAAAGCUCUCAUCUUUAGCAAUGGAAGACGAGGAAUAUUUCCAAGAAGAUUCUUUGUUUCUGCUACAGUCGACAAAUUUCACCAGCCCAUCUCUUCUCAAUCAAAGCUUGAUAUACUGCUAGAUAGUGUGAAAUGGGAUGAGAAAGGAUUGGCCGUGGCUAUAGCUCAACAUGUUGACACAGGAGCAGUCUUAAUGCAAGGUUUUGCCAACAGGGAUGCACUUGCAUCCACCAUUUCCUCCAAAAAAGCAACAUUUUACAGUAGAUCAAGGUCAAAGUUAUGGACAAAAGGGGAGACCUCCAUGAAUUACAUUAAUAUAUGUGAUAUCUUCCUUGACUGUGAUAGAGACUCUAUACUGUACCUUGGAGUGCCGGAUGGCCCCUCAUGCCACACUGGGUCAGAAACCUGCUAUUAUACAUCUGUUUUUGAUUCCCUAGAUGGUUCACAGGCCGCAGAAAAUAAGCUGGCAAUGACAACAUUGCAGUCCCUAGAGGCAACGAUUGUCCAACGAAAAACAGAAAUAGCAGGAUCAUCAAUUGCAAAGCCUUCGUGGACAAGGCGAUUAUUGCUCGACAACAAGUUGCUUUGUUCAAAGAUCCGUGAGGAGGCUGAUGAGCUAUGUAGGACCCUGGAAGACAGCGAGGAAGUACCACGGACUGCUUCGGAGAUGGCAGAUGUACUGUAUCAUGCAAUGGUUUUGCUGUCUGUCAGAGGAGUGACAAUGGAAGAGGUAUUGACAGUUCUGAGGCAGAGAUUUUCAAGAUCAGGUAUCGAGGAAAAGAAUAGUCGUAAAAAAGAUGAACAUUGAAUAGUUUUUGAUGAAAUUCCUAAUAGAAAUUUGUAUAUUAAAUUGUGUUGUGUACAGAAAUAGCGAUUUGCUCAAAGCAAUUCAGCGAUGAUACUAAAUAAAUAAAUUGGGUAAUUAAAGUGCUUAAUUAUAUAAGAUUUUGACAUUCUAUGUUGAA